AUGGAGAGAUUGUUACAGUGCAAUCCUGAAAUCAUAUUUAAUCCUGAGUGCACCUGUUAUGGCUUCAAAAUCAUUUUAGUGAAGAUGUUUCGACUUAAAUCUUCACAAUCACGCAAAUUAAGACGUUACUCAACAAUUGAUACAUCACCUUGUUAUUUGUUUCGUUUGUGCUUCAAGGAACGACGAGAUUCUCUAAACGUGAUUAAGAAUUUUGAAACCUUUUGA